AUGUCGAAAUCAACAGAAAAUCUAACUGAUCGAGCUGCAGAAGAACAAUUAGCUGCACAUCCUCCAAAAAUUCCAACUCAUCCAAGUGAAAAAGAAAAUCUUCCAUCACAGAAUAUUGUUCCUGAUGGUGUUUCACUACCUAUACAACAUCCACUUGAUCCAUUAAAUGCUGAUGAAAUUAAUUUAACAACACGAUUACUUAAACAAUCAUCAAAAUUUCAAGAUUAUAUGCGUAUUAUUUCAAUUAUUCCAAAUGAACCUCAAGAUAAAAAUUAUGUUCGAAAUUAUAAAUCAAAUGAUACAUUACAACGAUGUGUAACUGUAACAAUUCGAGAUCCAAAAGGACGAACAACCUAUCAAUUUAUUGUUGAUUUAACAAAUAAAACUAUUGAAAAUAUUAUUGAAUUUAAAUGCGCUCAACCUAGUGGAUCAUAUGAUGAAAUAAUCCAAGCUGAUAAUGCACUUCGUAAAAGUGAAGCUUUAUUAUCUGCAUUUGCAAAACGAAAUAUUAAUAUGUAUGACGUUGUUUUUUAUCCAUUUUCAGCAAGUUAUCGUGAUGAACGAGAUUCUGCAUCUAAACGACGAAUAUUUCGUCCAUAUGGUGCUAUUAGAAAAACUCCAGAAGAUAAUUAUUAUGCUCAUCAUAUUGAAGGUCUUGUAAUAACAGUUGAUUUAGAUUCAUUUACUGUUGAAGUUGAAGAUUAUAUGAUUGUACCAAUACCUCCAAAGGCUGGGAAUUAUGAUUCAGAAAGUAUUAAAUCACCAGAUAAUAUUCCUUAUUUUCCUGAUGGUGUUCGAAAAGAUCUGAAACCAUUAAUCAUUACUCAACCAGAAGGUCCAUCAUUUGAAAUUGAUGGUUAUCAAAUAUCAUGGCAAAAAUGGCGUUUUCGUGUUGGAUUUAAUGUUCGUGAAGCUCUUACAAUAAAUAUGGUUGAAUAUUUUGAUCAAAAUCGUUGGAGAUCUAUUUUAUAUCGAGCAGCACUUAGUGAAAUGUGGGUACCAUAUGGUGAUGCUAGUCCUUCACAUAAUUAUAAAAAUGCAUUUGACAUGGGUGAAGCUGGUUUAGGUAUACUUGCAAAUAGUUUAGUAUAUGGCUGUGAUUGUCUUGGUGAAAUUCGUUAUUUGGAUGUAAUUAUUCAUAAUAAUCAAGGUCAAGCAUUAUUAUUAAAAAAUGCUAUUUGUAUUCAUGAAGAAGAUAUUGGAAUACUUUGGAAACAUACUGAAUUUGUUGAACAACGUACUGAAUGUCGUCGUGCAAGACGUCUUGUUGUUUCUUCUAUGUUUACAGCCGGCAAUUAUGAAUAUGGUUUAUUUUGGUAUUUUUUACAAGAUGGUACUAUUCAAUUUGAAAGUAAACUUACUGGAAUUAUUGCACCAGGUGCAAUUGAAAAUGGUAAAAUCUCGGAAUCAGGCGGAUUAGUAUCUGAAGGAUUGUAUGGUCCACAUCAUCAACAUUUUUUUAAUAUGCGUAUUGAUUGGAUGCUUGAUGGAAUGGAAAAUUCUCUUGUUGAAAUUAAUUGUGAACGUUUACCAAAAGGAGAAAAAAAUCCAGCAGGCAAUGCUUGGAUAGCAAAAGAAACACUUUUAGAAACUGUUGGUCAAGCUCGUCGAUUACAUGAUGCAACUAUAGGACGUUUUUGGAAAAUAAUUAAUUCUCAAGUUAAAAAUCAUGUUAAUCAACCAAUUGGUUAUAAACUUGUUCCAUCGAAUCCAGCAUGUUAUCCAUUAUGUGAUUUAGAUUCUACACAAGGUGGUAGAAGUGCAUUUACACGGUAUCAUUUAUGGGGAACACAAUAUUAUCCUCAAGAAUUUUAUGCAGCUGGUCUUUUUCCUAAUCAAUCAAAAGGAGAUGAAGAUGGUAUUGCAAUUUAUAGUGAAAAACAUAAAGAUGAUUCAUUAGUUCAAUGUGAUCUUGUAACAUGGUAUACAUUUGGUACAACUCAUAUUGUUCGACCUGAAGAUUGGCCUGUAAUGACUGUUGAAACUGUUGGAUUUCGUUUACAACCUGUUGGAUUUUUUGCUGGUAGUGCAGCAAUUGAUGUUCCACCAUCAAUUCCAAAGAAAUGUCAUGAACAAACAUAUGUAAAUCAUUAA